AUGAAAGGAAUUAAAAGGUUUCGCAAGAAAGGAAAGUUCAGUCCUUGGCUUGUUGUACCAUUCAAGAUUUUGGAGAGAAUUGGACAAGUGGCUUAUAGAUUAGCCAUGCCUCCAACGCUAUUAGGAGUUCACAAUGCUUUCCAUGUGACCAUGUUAUGCAAGUACGUUUUAGACCGGUCUCACAUUCUCAGUUAUGAGAAGUUGAAUAUGCAAGAAGACCUUUCCUAUGAGGAAAAGGCAAUAAAGAUUUUGGAUAAGAAUGAAAAAGUGUUACAAAAUAGGACGAUCGGGUUAGCCAAGGGGUUGGAUUAUCAUGGUAAGCUGAAUAUUGGAAGUGUCGUAGCUGUUGAGAUUAAUAGAGCUGAUGCUGUGAGAAUUGCUGAAGCAUUCGGGCGUUUGAUAGCCUGGCAGCAAGUGACGAAAAUCUAG